AUGGCCUGGCGCUGCAGCGGGGCGACCAACACGGCCCUCGUCGACAACCUCUGGCGGCACGGGCUCAUCUCCGACCCGGCCGUCAAGGAGGCCUUCCUAAGCGUCGACCGCGCCCACUACUCGCCCUCGCUGCCGUACGACGACUCGCCCCAGGCCAUCGGCCACGCCGCCACCAUCUCGGCGCCGCACAUGCACGCCUCGGCCGUCGAGCACGUCCUGCCCUACCUGCUGCCCAGCGCCGCGGUGCCGGCCCCGCGCGCCCUCGACGUCGGCUCCGGCUCCGGCUACCUGACCCACGUCCUGGCGGAGCUCGUCGGCGAGCGGGGCAUGGUGGUGGGCCUCGAGCACAUCGCGCCCCUGAGGGACCUCGGCGAGGCCAACAUGGGCAAGAGCGCGGAGGGGCGCGCCCUGCUGGACGCUGGGAGGGUGAGGUUCCGCGUCGGCGACGGGCGGAUGGGGCUGACGGAGGGGGCGAGGCCGGGCGAGGAGGAAGGGGGCACGGGCUGGGACGUGAUUCACGUCGGGGCCUCUGCCAAGGAGGUGCAUCCGCAGCUGCUGAGCCAACUCAAGGCACCCGGAUGGUGA